CUAUUACCUCUCACUUUGAGUUCUGAUUCAGUCUACGAGUCGGAUCAAGAUCAACAUUAAGGCUGUAGAUAUGGCAGAGGAGGAGGUGAGCUAUGCUUCAGUGGCCAUCAAAAGUAAGAAGCAGCCCCAAUCAGAAGGUAAAAAUGAGAAUGAGACUGUGUAUGACGAAGUUAAGGUGAAUAAAGAGACUAAAGUUGUGGAUGAUGCUGAAGUGGAGAAGCAGAAUGAAAGUGUUCAGCAAACUGCUGACACAAACGGACUUCUGCCAGACAAGGCAGCAGAAAGAUGUCGCCGCUAUCAGCAGCUGUGUUUCUGCUUUGGGACUCUGUGUGUCAUUUUGGUACUGAGUGUCAUUGGAGUCUGUGUUUAUUUUACAACAGCUUGUGAGAGCACUGCAAGUGAGUUGAACCAGCUGAUAUCAACCCAAAAGGAGGAAAUCCGAAACCUGACUGACCUCAACAGCAAACUCAGUUCAGACAAUGACAACCUGACUUUGGUUUCUAUGGCUUUAAAAAACAACAUCACCAUGCUGACUGCAGAGAACCACAACCUGACGUCGCUUAAUGAGAAGCUGAAGGAUCAAAGGAAAAACCUCACAGAAAUAAUAGAAACCUGGAAUGGGCUCAAUGUCAGUCGAGCUCAGUGGAGCAUUGAUCAAUACUGUCCUAAAAAUAAUAGUGGGAGAAAUUGCACUUCUUGCCAGAAAGGCUGGAAUGAUCACAUGUCCAGCUGUUAUGCAUAUAACUAUCAACCCCCUAAUCAGAGAACCUGGGAAGAAGCACGAGAAGACUGCAGAAGAAAAAAUUCAGAUCUGACUGUUGUGUCUAAUCAGACUGAAAAGGAUUAUGUCAGUUCAAUCAGUAAUGGUUCAAGUGGCAUUAAUGGAUACUGGAUUGGUCUCAGAGCUGUAGGAGGGAAAUGGAAAUGGAUCGAUGGAAGUAAUCUGACUGAUCAAACCUGGACACAGCAGCAGCCUGCCAUAGAUGGUUACUGUAUAACUUCUCUUAAUGGCCGAGGUUGGAAUGUGGCAGUAUGUAGUGACAAGAACACAUGGAUCUGUGAGAAGAAGGCUUUAUCUGUUUGAACAUGAAGGAUUCUGAUGUUUGGAGGUUGUUUAAGAAACCUUGUAGAAAUAUGUAUAGAAUUGUUUUGUCACAUUUCUUACCCAAGAUAUAGUUUAUUUGUACUUAUAAUAUCGAAAUAAAAAUAAACUGAAAUUGAUUAAAACCCAAAAACUACUGAUGUGGCUCACACCAGCAGUUCAUACAAAAAGUGUAAAAGUUUUGAAUGUUUUUCAGUUGAUUUGUCUGAGGUUCAAUAUUUACAGUUUAUUAAUUACUACUGCAAUCAUUUGGUUGAAUGUUUGUUGAAGUUUUCAAUAAUAUUUUUAAAGUAAUUUCAUAUUACUUAUAAACACAAUCUUAGGAUGCCCCCCUGUGUAUAUUUCUGUAAUGGUUAAGAUCAUAAAUAUUUAGAUGCAGUUAAUUAUUUAAAUAUAUCUGAAGGAAUAAAAAUGGGUGUCAUUUUUCAUGUCACAUUGUUCAUCAGGACUGAAUUUGUUUCUGAACUGCACAAAGAUGAUCAUAAUUCUGUUCAUAUUAAAGGAAAUUAUCUUGGUCUGGAA